AUUUUUUUAAUUUUUUAUUUUUGGUGAGGCAGUAAGCUCAUAUAGCUAGUAAGCUAGUAAGCAUUAAGUGUUUGAGGCCAUAUUUGAACUCAGGUUUUCCUAACUUCAGCCCAUUGCUCUAUUCACCGUGCCAUCUAUGUGCUUUUCGUCUGUGCAUUUUCUUUUCUUCUGUUAUUUUGGAAAUUCUAUUGAUAGCCCCUUCCCUACUCCCAGAUCUCAACAGUGGGCAAAAACCCAGCCCUUAUAACAAAUAAAUAUAGUUGACACCCACACAUUUGCUAUCUCCAACCAUAUAUGUCUCUUUUGGGACCUUGGAUCCAUUGCUCCUCAGUUGAGAGACGGGUAAUAGUAUGUUCCAUCCUGACUCCUAUGGAGUCAUAGUCAGUCAUUAAUUAGUCAUUAAGUUUUCAAGGUUUUUUUUCUUUAUAAUGCUUUUACUACAUAUAGUACAUUGUUAUUCUGCAUCUAAGCACUUCUCUCUGCAUUAUUUUAUACAAGUAUUCCCAUUUCUUUGAAACUUUCCUUUUCAAAAUUCCUUAUGGUACAAUAACUUUCCAUUAUAUCACAUACCUCAAUUAUGUUUUGCUAUUUCUCAACUGACGGGCUUUCCCAGAGUUUCCAGAUCUUUGCUUAUACCAGCAGCACCUACAAAACUUCGCAAGACAAGAUAGAAAAAUUCUCUUCAAAAUAAUUACAAAUUUAUAAAAUAUUUUGGAGUCUUACCUACCGAGUUACAAAUUUAUAAAAUAUUUUGGAGUCUUACCUACCGAGAUAGUUUUAGAUUAUAGGGAUAUAAUUACAAAACAUUCUUUUACAAAAGUAAUUGCUUGUAGUUGGGCCAUGUUAAUGCAAUACUACCUAAAUUAAUUGACUUAUUCAGUGUAAGACUAAUCAAACUACCAAAAGUUUACUUUAUCUUUUUAAAUUAACUUAACUUAAAGAAUUUAAGAACUUAAAGAACAAAAAAAAUUACAUUUCUAAACAUACCAGAGCAUGAAAAUAGGACUCUUGUGAAACUAAAUAUCUACUUUAUACUGCUCUAUAUAUAUAUAUAGUAAAUUCUGCUUGUUGUUUUCUCUGUUUAAUUGACUAUUUUCCCAAUUACAUAUAAAAACAUUUUAACAUUCCUUUUUUUCAAAUUUUGUGUUCCAAAUUCUUGCCUUCCUUGCCCUUCCCCCUCAUUUUCAAGGCAAGCAUGUUGAUAUGUUAUACACAUAUAGUCAUGCAAAACACAUUUCCAUAUAAGUCAGUAUGUUAUUUUCAAAACUGACUUACUUGACUGAUUUGACUGUACUUCCAUUUGAACUUCCUUAUGUGCAUUUUUUUAAAAGUUGCAAUGGCUUUUUCAAGGUGAGUGGGAGAAGGGAUCACUAUUACUAAUUUCUUCUUCCCGAAUCCCCUUCUCAAUUAAUUGAGAGAGAAAAAGGAGAAGAAAAAAACCCCAAAAACUUUGUAAUAAAUAAUCAUGGCAAGACAAACAAAUCCAUAGAGUAGCCAUAUCCAAAAAUGUCUAUCUUUGUGCUUUUUAUCUCCUCUGUCAGAAAGUAGUUUAUAUGCUUUAUCAUAUGUCCUCUUGGAGACAUGGUUGGUCAUAACUUUGAUCUGAGUUCUUAUGUCUUUCAAAGGUAUUUUUCUUGAUAAUAUUGUUAUCUUUGUAGAGAUUGUUCUCCUGAUUUUGCUCACUUCACUCUGUAUCAGAUUCUACUACCAGAAUUCUCAGAAAUCCUCUUUUUGUUAUUGCCUUUACAUUAUAUACCACAACUUGAGUGUGGAGUGAGAAGAGAGGGCAAGAAAAGGAAGAACGGCCACCAAGGGAUCAUUGAGACUAUUCCCUCCCUGGUAUUAUCCUCUCUCUUACUCUCCUCCUACCUAUCCCCAAUUGUUACCUUGUUGGAUCUGAUGAGUUUCUCCACCAAAGUGUGUACCUGUGACAUCAAGCCUCCGUUAUCCAUUUCAGAGUGCCUUAAACAUGAAAGUAGCUGUGAUACAACAGAGGGAAUUUCAAAACAGGACAUUUUGGCAAGAGAGCCAUCCAAUGAAAGAUUUGAUUUAGCAAAAGCCAAGCAACAAAAAGGCAACCAUGAAAAACAAGUGACAGUCACCCUCAAGAAAACAUCUACUAAAUCUGUUGCCAAGGAAUGUAAUGUGUUAGAGAAAGAAGUCCAUGUGGGAUCAAGCUCAUUUCCAAAACAAAGGAUUCAUACAAAGAAAAAUCUACAUAAACAUAAUAAAGAUGGAAAGAACUUCACAGAUUUCUCAGAUGAAAAUAAACAAGAUAGAAUCUUUUCUAAGAAGAAACUCUGCAAUUAUAAUAAAUGCAGUAAGUCAUUCCAUUACCAUUCACACCUUAUGCAGCAUUAUAGAAAAUACACUGAAGAAAAAGCACAUGAGCAUGGGAAAAUCACCAGCAAUAGGUUAUCCCUUACAAAUUGUCUAACAAUUCAUGCUACAGAGAAAUUUUUUAAGUGUACUGAAUGUGGGAAAGCCUUCAGUUGCAAAUCUAGUCAUAUUCUAUAUCAGAGAAUUCAUUCUGGAGAGGAAUCCUUUGUAUGUAAGGAAUGUGUGAAAUCCUCUAGGAGUAGAUCCCUUACUAAACCUAAAAGACUUCAUAUCGAAGAGAAGCUCUUUGAGUGUAGUGAAUGUAGAAAAUCCUUCCGUCAUUACAGAAAUCUUGACAAGCAUAAAACAAUUCACACUGGAGAAAAAACUUUUGAAAGCACUGAACGUGGAAAAUACUUCAAUCAUUGUAGAAAGCCUGACAUACAUAAAAGAGUUCAUACUGGAAAGAAACCCUUUGAAUGUGGUGAAUGUGGGAAAUUCUUCAGUUAUUACAGAAGCCUUCACAGACACAAGAAAAUUCAUACUAGAGAGAAAAACUUUGAAUGCAUUGAGUGUGGAAAAUACUUUAGUCAUUGUAGAAAUCUUGACAGACAUAAAAGAAUUCAUACUGGAGAGAAACCCUUUAAAUGUAGUGAAUGUGAGAAAUCUUUUAGCUAUAGAACUCUGCUUACUCAUCAUUACAGAAUUCAUACUGGAGAGAAACCCUUUAAAUGUAAUGAAUGUGGGAAAUCCUUUAGAGGACGUGGACAUCUUAAUAGACAUAAGGUAAUUCAUACUGGUGAGAAAUCUUUUGAAUGUAAUGAAUGUGGAGACUCCUUUAGAAGGAGUGAAUCCCUUAAUAAUCAUAAAAGAAUUCAUACUGGAGAAAAACCAUUUAAAUGUAAUGAAUGUGGAGAAUCCUUUAGAAGGAAUGAAUACCUUACAAAACAUAAUAGAAUUCAUACUGGAGAGAAACCCUUUAAAUGUAAAGAUUGUGGAAGAUAUUUUAGAAGAAGUGAAUCCCUUACUAAACAUAAAAGAAUUCAUACUGGAGAGAAACCUUUUAAAUGUGAUGACUGUGGGAAAUACUUUAGAAGGAGUGACUGUCUUACUACACAUAAAAGAAUUCAUACUGGAGAGAAACCUUUUAAAUGCGAUGAAUGUGGGAAAUGCUUUAAACAAUAUGGAAAUCUUAGCAACCAUAAGAGAAUUCACAGUGGAGAAAAGCCUUUUGAAUGUAGCGAAUGUGGAAAGUCUUUUCGUCAGUGUGGAGACCUUACUAAACAUAAGAAAUUUCAUACUGAAGAGAAAUCAUUUAAAUGUACUGAAUGUGAGAAGUCUUUUCAUCAUUGUGAAGACCUUGAUGGACAUAAAAGAAUACAUGCUGGAGAAAAACUUUUUGAAUGCAAUGAAUGUGGAAAAACUUUUAGAAGGAUUGUAUCUCUUUCUAGACAUAAGAGAAUACAUACUGGAUAAAAAUCUUUUGAGAUGUGAUGAUUGUAGGAAAUCUUAUGAAUGAGUGUCUUUGAUAAAGAUGUGAUAUAAAAGGUUUAUAAAGAAUUGACACAUAGAAAUAAAUUCUAUUCCCUUUUACAGUGAUUAAAGAAUGUGAACAAAGAGUUUGCAAAAGAUUUACAAAUUACAAUAGACAUGAAAGAAUCAUUCAGACCACUAAUAGUAAGAGAAAAUUACAGGAAAACAAAUAAGAAAUCAUGUCAUGUCUAUAAGGUUGACAGAGGUAACAAAAGACAAAAUGGUAAAUGUUAGAAUGGCUUUAGGAUGACAAGUACAUUAACACAUGGUUAACAGAGCUGUAAAUUGGUCCAUCCAUUCUAGGGGAAAAUAUAUAUAGAAUUAGUAUUUUUUUAAAUUCACUAACUUAAAAAAAAAACCCAACUAACUGUAAAUAUUCCUUGAUUUGAUAACACCUAGUAGAUCAGAAAGAAAGAAAGAAAUGCAUAUCUCAGAUUUUUUUGAUAAAGUGGUUGGUUUAUUAUUUCCCCUCCUUUUUUGUUAUUCAUUAUAUGACAACAUUUUGGAAGGGGAAAAAAAAGGUAUACAAUGAGAAAUGUGUGUGAUGUAAUAAUAAAAUACAUCAACAAAA